AUGAACCUGAUAACGAUUUUCGCGUCUGUCGCCGUCUUGGCAGCCGCUCUCGCCCAGGCCAAACCAGGCCCCGUCGAAGCCAACCCCAUCUUCCCAACGAUUGAGAUGUGCCAGCGAAAGCCCAUAUUCUCCCUCGUCUUCAGCCUCUGGGGUGCCAGAAACAUCAGCGCUCACCUGGACACCUUCACCAUCGGCUUGACGCCACACCGGUGUGAAGCCAUACCCGUCGCUUUCAACACAGAUCAAGGUAGCGACCAUCUACCGGUUCUAACCUCCUACGCGUACGGCAGGGGCCAACUCACAACGCCCCCAGGCGACCAGGACGCCGCCCAGUACUUGUGGGACAGCGUCUACUGGCCACGACCAACGCGACCCGGUGGUGGCUGGAAUGGGUACCUUUUCACCACCACGGCACAGUCAGGAAGAGAGGUCCACGAGAGAUAUUUGUACUACUUAUGGGUUGAUGGGCCGCUGCCAGAAGACCCCUGCCGCGCCGAGAUAUCAGGCGAUGAGGCGCGGAAGAUUGUCGAAACGGCAAGGUCCAAGGCCUUCCUCGCGGACAAGUCUGUAGUGAGCUGCUCUUGCCCGGAGUGUGGCGCGGGUGUAGUCGAGGCUAAUGACCUCUUUCUUUUCGCUUGGUUCGCGGCCUUGUUGCUGCUGUUGCUGCUUUUCGCUGCUUAA